CCCCCGGUUAACACUGUUAGCCUGAGCCUGGAGAGCGGAGAGGAUGGACGGCCUUGGGAUUUAAUGGGCAUCAGGAAUAAGCAGUUUUCUGCUGUGCCCUCCUCCCUCGGCGACUCCCCUCCCCCCGCGCCGAGGUGGCACUGUGACAUCACAGAGAGCCUCUGCAGCCGCUUAAUCAGCAGGUGCGCGACCCCUCCCGGGCCUUGAGUUGGAGAAUAGCGAUCGGGACCUCGGUGGCCCUCUGGGAGGAGGCGUCCGCUUUGGGUGGACGACGAGAAAGCCCCCAGAGCAAUUUGGCCUCCGUUUGCCGCCGAAGGGAGAGCUCGCACUCUCUGCCCCGAAGCGGGUGGAAGAGGCCGCUCAGGAUGGCACGGUCCCGAAAGAAGUGCAUUUGCGAUCUGUGCUCCUGCGGAUGAUGUCAUACCAGGCAGGAUGGCUUGGAUUGUCACUUCUAUGAAAUAAGAAGCCUGUGGGAAUUGCAUGCCUGCAGAACUCUGCACUGAGGAUCCAUCACUGUCCACAUGUCUCCACCAAGAUUUUUAAGGAAGCAGAGGAGCCAAGCCAUAUAUCAGAAUAUCAGGAGAGCUACCUCCUUCAUCCAAGUUUUAAACCACGGGAAUCAUUCAAACCUAAAUUAAGCUACCAUAAGAAGCCAGAUCCAAUGGAAUCCCUAUCUACCACAAGGGACGAUUAUGGACUUCACAAAAUACUGCCAGUGAAAUUGAAGCCACCGGACAAGUAUUUGCCAAGUGGCAAGACCAUGGAUUUGAUUUCAACGUAUCAAGAAAGUUACUACUCUCAUGGUCGUAUCAGAGUAGCUCCAGUAAAACCUCAGGAAAAUCGGAUGUUCUCUGAUGAGAAAAUGGAAUUAGUGCCUUCAUAUAAAGAGGACUACUUGCCCUGGAAGCAACCAAGGCGAGAGAUGAUUAGGCCAGCUAAUGCAUAUCGCCCAUCAUCGGCCAAGUUUGAUGACAAAACCACCACCCAGGAUGACUUCCACUAUAAGGGACCAGUGACCACAGUCAAUUGCAAGCCUCAGUACGUAUCAAAGCCAAGUGACACACCGUUGGAGGACACAACCAGUUACAAGAUGACUUACAAAGUACAUCCUUUGAAGAAACGUUUUGUGCCCGAGUUAGAGAAAUAUAAGGCCAGUGGCAUUCCAUUUGAUGACAUCACCACCCAUAAGGACACUUACCAGGGGCUAGUGGGUGAAUCUGCCAAGUUGAUAAAGCCUAAGCCCACGAUCCACUUUUCCGAUGACCCUUUUGCCAAGUGUAGUGAAUUUAAGGAGAAGUAUCAGGCUUGGCCGACACCUCCUCCGUACCUCAAGCCUCAUGUCAAAUAUAUCCCUCCGGUGGAAAAGAUGAUGUUUCUAACUACAACACAGUCUCAGUUCGCAUGCCCAAGAGGUGUUGCAUCUAAGCCCUUCCGACCCGUAAUGCAGAGCAAGAUGAGUUCCCCUUUUGAAAGUAUUUCCACUACUAAGGAUGAUUUUAAGCAUUGGUCAAUCAAGAAAAUGGAGCCCAUCAAACCUGUUGGCGAGCUGACUAUUGGCAGGGGCCCUAUGGAGAAUGUCACCACCACCCAAGCUCAUUAUAUCUCUCACCCACUUGUGUCCAUCAAGAACUGUAAGCCACCAUUGUCAUCUGUUAGAUCUCAGGUCCCCUUGGCCACUGAAACCACUUACACCUCAAGCUACACUCCCAAAAAACUGAUCAAGUGUCUGGCUUCCUAUCCUAAGCCACCAGGCUAUGUGUUUGAAGAAAUUGAUGUUGCUGGCCACAAAAUAUACCGUCCCAUUUCAGAUCACCAGGUCAGCUCUAAGUGUAAAGAGACAAAGAAGAUCAAUAGGCUGGAUCAUCUCUGCCAAAGCAAGACACCAGAGGCAGUCUGAUCCCCUACCCUGCUUUAUUAUUUCCACUGAAUGCAGGCUACCUUUCAGAUUGACUGCUGAGCUUCAAUCAUUUAGAAGUCUUGACCUUCUCCUCUGCGCACAAGGGAAUCGUCUGUUGGAACACCUGAUUAAAUAAGAAUCAAUUUGAUACUGGAAAA